GCGUUUCUGUGCUUUGUCCUGGAUUCCAGUCCAGCCUUUCUUUCUUUACCCAGUGCAUUUUCUCAUUGUUUUCCACAAAAAAAUUUAAUGCUCGAUUCUUUGACACCGUCUUUUUUUACCAACGACUGAUGGAACUGUAAGAGAAGGAUUGCUAUCGAUCUGGUCUUGAUCAUUUGUGGGCGUGUUUGAGAGACCGGCUGGUGUGUGCUGAGCCUGCCAGCGCCCUGCUCCAUGCCCGCAGGGCACGCCCCCGCGACGCUGCCCCCCCAGCCCCACGCGGACACGGAGAGAGGGCCCGAGCACUUUUCCUGAGGAGAGGUUUUACGCUGGAAUGCCUGUGACAGAAUGAAGCCGCUGAGUCGUGAGCCACACCCGUACGCCUGGAGGGGGCGUGUCCAGAUGCUGCGCGUUUCUCGGAGAGCACCGUCCUGUUUCUUAGCCCCGCCUCCCAGCACCCUCCCGCCCCACUGACGUUCAGCCCUCAGUGGUGCCCUGCCCUGUGCAGGCCUUGGUAACAGGCCUGUGUGGGUAUGGUGUUGGCGGAUUUGGUGGGCAGCUGUGGGGAUGGAUGGGCACCUGAGGUAGAGAAGGGGGGGCAGAAUUCUAGCAUGGUGAGCGUACCCAGGUGUGUCAAUGAAGAAACGUCUCCCCGAUUUGUUGACAUGAAAGUUGACUCUUUCUGGAACGUGCUGCCUGUGGCCAGGGGUAGCUCCCGUGUUUGUUUGCACUUUAAAUUUCUUGUUUGACUUGACCUGGUAGCACACAGAACAAAAAAAAACGCCCUUGUGCAGUCAACUGGAAGUGGACGGGAAAAUGCGACACAUCCAUGUGGAAAUCGCGCGCAAGGAGGCCCCCGUGGAGCUUCCGGACCAUGGCGGGGACCUCCCGCCCCCCAGCGCCCAGACGGGUGCGAGGCCAGGCCUCCUCAGACCCUAUGGCCAGGAGGAGAUCAGGCUGCAGAAGGUCUAUCAGCUGUCCAUCUUCUCCCAGCUGGGGGGGUUGACCGAGACUUUGGGCGGGCAGAGAUUGGCGCGGCCUGGAUUGAAGAGGGCCCUGGAGGACUGGUCAUCGGGCGCCAAACGCCCCCAUCUGGGGGGGGACCCCAGGCAGGCCCCCCCGGAGGUCCCGGUUGAGGGCGGCUCCGAGCAGAUCUUCUCGGAUAGUGGCCCUCGUGCAGUCGGGCAUGGGGGGGGCAUGCCUGAUCAGGACCCCAGCUGCCAGGUGGCUGCCGUCCCCCUUCCCCUCGCCCGACACCCCUCCCAGCACAACAGGCCAAUCCCCGGCCCUGAGGCCCCCCUCUCCCCCAAACCCCAGCCCCAGGACUCCACCCCAGUCUGGAACCCCACCCCCUCAGCAACCCUCCCGAGGACUGAGCCACUAUCAGCAAACGGUGCUUCGGACUGCACCCCAGCCAAACGGGCCAGGGACCACUUUACCAACGGAGGCGGGCCAGAUCCACAGGCCAUUGAACCAACACUGUGUGACCUCGAGGCGUCGGGGGACACUGAUUGGCCCGUCCAGGAAAGGGGUGGAGAGACAGCGAGGAGCAGCAAAUCAUCUCCUCCGGAGGCCGGCCAUCCGCAGACCACAUCCACGAAUGGCCUGGCCUCUCCGGAGAAGACCCCUGCUGUGUCCCGGGACGUGACCUCAGGGCCCUCCUCGGGCCCCUGUCCCGCCAAGCGGAGGCUGCUGUCCUCCAGCGACGCGGGGGAGUCCUGCUCGGAGGACGAGGGGCCCUCCACCUCCAAGAGGAGCCGGCUGGCGCUGCUGGCCCCCGGCCUGGGGCUCGGAGCCUGCCGCAGCACGGACGCCAAGGGCGCCCCCUUCUGGAACCACCUCCUCCCCUCUGCCCGGGAGCGGCCCAAGAGCGCAGCUGACUGCUCCAGAGUGGGAAGGAGGCUGAAGAGUGGGCUUCGACUGAAAUCGCGUCAGCUGCGUAGUGGCCGCCGAUCAGAGACUUUUUGCUCAGCCUCCAUAAGCCGCUCCCUGCUGGGGAACUUUGAGGAGUCCAUGCUCAAGGGCCGCUUCCCUCCGUCGGGCCGGAUCGACGGGUUCACGGCCGAAAUCGGGGCCAGCGGCUCCUACUGCCCCCAGCACGCCACCCUGCCCGUCCAGGUCUCCUACUACGACAUCUCCGAGCACAGCGCCCCUUCGCCCUUCCUGGGGGUAAUCUGCCUGGAGCCACUGGGAAAGAAGGGGUACAGUGUACCUAAAGCAGGGACCAUCCAAGUGACCUUAUUCAAUCCCAACAAAACUGUGGUGAAGAUGUUCCUGGUGACCUACAACUUUGAGGACAUGCCCGUCAAUCACGUGACCUUCCUGCGUCAUCGAAUCUUCCUGGUGCCCGUUGGGGAGGUGGAAGGGGAGAGGCAGGGGGAGGGGCCAGAAGACAGGGCCACAGACAGGAAGAAAAUUCUCUGCUACCUGAUACACCUCAGAUUCCAGAGCUCCAAAUCUGGAAAAAUCUACUUGCACAAUGAUAUCCGGCUGCUAUUCUCCCGAAAAUCCAUUGAGGUGGACACGGGGAUCCCCUAUGAGCUGAAAUCCUACACCGAGGUGCCAAGAAACCCCAAAUACUCCCCCCGAGUCUGAUGCUCUCUUCGCACGAUGCCCCCUGGUGGUCAAACCCCAUGGUGGGUACAGGUAACAGACUGCUCAAACCAGAGGAAGUGAAACCAAGGACAAAACGAAAAAUGUGAAACGGGACUGUUUAUAAAUUCAGGGUCAACUUGCAUGCCUUGUGACGACAAAAAAAGAAGAAAAAAAUAGUUCUCUUCUAGUGCUGUGUUUCACGUAAAACUCUACCCUUCGUUCUGUCUGUGCAACUCCACCCAGCCCCAGUGGACCAAUUCCACGUCUACAGCAUACAUCGAUGACCAAUGACAGAGCUUCUCUCAUCUCCCAUUGAUCUACCUGUGGGAGAAUUGCAAACAUAUUUAUGACAAGGAAACUGAAGUAGAAAAAUCUUCCCAAUUGCUAACAAGUUGUCAGCCAGGCAACUUCACUGUUGUACAAGUGUGUGUAUCACCAAAUGUUUGGUGUGUGUGAGGAUGGGGAGAUCUCUCCCCUGAUCAUACGAAUGAGGAUGAGGGUCAGAGUUCGAAUACACAGUUAUGUCACCUUCUUUGGGCUUACAGAAGAUUCCGGAUAGAGCGAGGUCAUGGAUGAACAUGUUGCUCCACCUGACUGUCUCGACAGACUGAACCACUGUUUAUAUAAGGAGAGGGUGGAGAGAGGCGGGGUGGAACGGACCACUCGUACCCCUGGGUAGCCAUCUGCAAUCUCUUGCCCUCACCCAUCGCCAUGGCGCCAACAGGCUGAAGAGCACUCGUGAACAGAGCGUCGUAUUACCGCUCAGAGUUUAAGGGGGAAACGGUGGUCGUGUUUAAUUUAUUUGCAGAUGUCUUAAAGCAAUAUGCUGCGGUUAGUGCGAUUUAUUUUAGCUCCACUCCAGCUUUGUUCCACCAGUGAUGUUGUGAGGGAGGGAGAGAGGGAGGUGGGGAUUGGGGGGGGGGGGAGGAGGUGGUAGUUGGGGUAUUUAAUAAGAUAAGCAUAUGUAUAUUAAAAGCAAAAACUCAAUGGCUCACAAGUAACACAGGUGACUGGCAACUGCUGAAAUAUCAGCAUACAGUCUUCACACUAAUUCCUUUUAACUUGAUUAUCUUUAUGUUUUCUUUAUACAUACGUGGAAUCAUGUAAGGAAGAAACGUCAGGUUUUCACAGGCCUUUCAAAUUGCGUAUUUGCAGAAUUCCGAAAUUCAGGAACUUAAAUCAAUCACUUGGGUUGCCGAGACGAGAUUUCAAACUGAACACGCCAGCCUUGGGAACUAUCGGGAACAGCUGCCAUGAAAGAACCUUUCCCCAGACAGAAAGAACCUC